AUGAAGCUUCCUAACGGCGAUGUUUCUACGACUCCGACGACUCCGGACAGCUCUACCACAUCGUUCCAGGGAAGUGCUCGAAAUCUAAAUGAAGUCUUUGAAGAUAUGAAAUCAAAGCGAAAACCACGGCAUGACCUAAAAGAGCGAAAAGAGCAGCUGAAGAAUCAUUUGAAUGAGUAUGUAGAAGAGAAAUAUAGCGAAUACUUGGAGAAAACGGGAACCAAGCGACCCUCAUCAGGCCGCGCGAGUUCCUUUACGAUGAGCGAGCUAGGCGAAAUGCCUGCGGGUGAAAUUCCGCCUCCCAUCAUAUUUCAUCAGAAGACAGCACGUGAAUCUCUGGCUGAGUUCAAAAAGGAUGUGGAUAAGGCUGUGAGUGAGCACAAGCUGUCUCCUCUUUCUCCUAUUAAAAGCAAAAAGUUUAAUACACACCUGGAUAUUGAUUUAGACUCCUUGUGA